UUGAAGCUUCAGACUGCAACAUGACACACAGGAAGUGUCUUCACUGAUAGGAAGUGAUGUCACAUGUUUGAUGUGUGGUCAGAGUGUCACCUCACAGGAAGCAAACAGAGUGCAUGAUGGGAGUGAAGAGGCCGCUGCUCGUCUCUCUGCUCGGCGUUCUGGUGACGGUGACGGUGGCGGGCGGCCGUCGCGGCGGUUCGAUGCCCGGAGCCCCGUCCAACAUCAGCAGGGACGACCGCGGGCUCCAGCGGGUCGUCCUCAGCGCCGCCUACUCCUUCAACAACCAAUCAAACGACGCCUUCCUCUUCAAACCCUCCUUCAUCAUCAGAGCGCAGCGGCAGGUCGUUAACGGGGUUCGGUACAUCGUAGAUUUGGAGAUUUCCAGAACCGUCUGCCGUAAACGAGACAACAACGACGACCUCUCCCACUGUGACCUUCAGCCUAAAGGUCGUCUGCAGCAGGUCUGAACAGGAAGUCUCUUCUUCUGAUGUUUCAGUGUCACUUUGAGGUCUGGCUGAUUCCCUGGCAGAACCAGACCAACACCCAGGUCUUCUUCUGUAAACCCUGAAACCACCUUCAUCACCUUCAUCAUCUUCAUCAUCUUCAUCAUCUUCACCCUGAUGGAGUUCAGACCUGUGAAUAAAACCAGCCGGUCUGUGCUGUCUGCCCCCUGCUGGUCAGGAGGAUGAACAACAGCAGUUCAAUAAACCUUUAAUGUUCUUAUUUGAUCUAUAAUCUAUAA